UCAGUUGUCACAAUUCAGAAUUCCGAACAUAACCUCAAAAUCAAAACAAGUUUAUAAAUUAUAAAAGUACGGACAAAAUUCAGUUUACAAUUUGAUUAAAGGGCAAAGAAUUGUGGAUGGAAAUUUUCCACAAUGUCUUCUAAUUUUCUUAACGCUCUGAAACCCGCAUCUCCAAUAAUAGAGUUCGUAAGACAUGCCAGUAAGAAAACUGGAGGCAGUACAAAGAACGUAAAUUGUAAAGUACGACCAAAACACAGAGGUUGGAAGGUGCAAGAUGGACAUUCAGUUCAGGCUGGUCAUAUCUUAGCAACCCAAAGAUUCGCCAGAUUCCAUCCAGGGCUCAAUGUUGGUAUGGGACGUAAUGGUACCCUUUUUGCAAUGGAAGCGGGUAAGGUUGUCGUAACUUGUGAGAAAUUUGAUCCUAAUUGGGACCACACAUGGGUACAGAGAAUCUAUGGAGGACGAACCGAUCAGACUAUAUACAAGAAAUAUUUUAAUAUUAUACCAAAACCACAGCAUAAUAGAUUCAAGUUGAUAGAUGAAUUAUAGAUGUGAAAUAAUUGUUAUUGAUAGGAAAUAUAGUAUUAGUGAAUAUAA